CCUGGGUGCCAGGUAGAACUCCACAAAUCAACCAUCAGAACAUUUUACUAUUUGUACAUUUUAGCAAACAAAGGGAUUUUUACAUAUUCCACACUUUGCAACAAUGCAGUUCCCUUGUUUAAAGCUUCCUGAUUUCUCUCUCCCCUCGCUGGAUGCUCAGUGGGUUGAUGUCGGGAGGACGAAGGGCUCGCUGCCCCGUGCCCUUCCCUUCUGCGGGGCGCUCCGGGCGGGCCCCGCAACUCGCAGGAGUGAACGGCUGCCAGCCUUUGGCAGCGCUGGCCGGUCCUAGAAAUCCGGCUGGCUGCCCGAGCCGCUGCCAGGAGCCUCCCUCGGGCCGUCAUGUGAGCAGUGUAAACAGCCCGGCCGGGCGAGUGGGCGGCUCGGCGCUCGCCAGUGGGGCAGAGUUCAGUGCCUGCGGCGGGGUUACUGCCGAGCGCCCGGGGUUGCCAUAGCGAGCAUUGCAUAACGCUGGCAGCGGCCCCGGCCACAAAGGGCCCCGCGUUCCUUCUGCUCCGUUUGUUCAUUGUUGCCGAGGCCCACUUUGCUGUCGCAAAUGGAGUUCCAGGCAUAGUUCCUGGCUGGGCUGCUGUGGGAGGUUUCACCGGGAGCGGGGAGAGAGAGGAGCUCGCUGAUGGAGCCCUGUAACUGGGGCAUGCACAGUGCCUGCAGGAGGGUUGUUUGCAUGAGCAGAAACUUUGCAUGCCGGGAUCUUCCAGAUGAUCCUGCUGUGGAGUGGGACACACAGCUUCUGGCCACCCUUGUCCUGAAGCACAUAGAAGCCAAGAACAUCGACCUGGUGGUGACAUUUGAUGCAGGAGGAGUGAGUGGCCAUGCCAACCACAUCUCUCUUCACACUGCUGUCAGGUACCUGCAUUCAGAGGGGAAGUUACCUGAAGAGCAGGCUUUGCUGUCAGCACAUGGAAAUCCUGGUUGGAUCACUGACACAGAGGGCUCUCACAGUGCCCUUCUUUUUGGGGAGCUGGAUGCCACCACUUCACCUGAUCUGACCCAGGAGGACCCAGCAGGGUGCCGUGUGCUCGUGCUGGAAUCAGUAAAUCUCUGCAGGAAAUACAUUUCCUUCCUGGAUGUCCUCAUUUCCUGCCUCCUGCCCACGGAUGCACUCUUCAUCCUGACAGAGGAGGAGACUGAACAAGCCAAGAGAGCCAUGCAGUGCCAUCGCAGCCAGCUCCUCUGGUUCCGCCAGCUCCACCUGCUCUUCUCUCGCUACCUGGUGGUCAAUUCCCUGCGCCUGCUCUGACAGGACAUCACUCACAGGAGCAAAGAGCGAGCAAAACCUCGACUGCCCCAGGCCCAGGACUCAAGAAAGCUCCUGUGUUGGGUGCUCUUUGUGUGGCAUUCUCCACACUACAAAACCUAGGCUGGGUGAACCUCCUUCUGAAUAUCUUGUUGCCUGAUACAUUGAGAACAGGGUUAACAGCUCUCUAUUUUCAUAGAAGCUUAAAUAAAAUGAGAAAUUUGGAUUAACUUUAAUUGGGAGCCAAACUCUGGAGGAUUCUGCAUUGGAGAAGAUAUGGCACAAACUGUUUCCCCAAGAAGACAGAGCUGCAAGGACUGCUUGGCAACUCUCCCUUGGUGCUUUUGUAAGAUCCAGCUAUCACGAGUAACUUUUCAAAGCUCAUGCUAUCUCCACAGAUACCACAACCACAACACCUUUGUUAUUCAGUCAGAACUUAAAAAAGCCAAAGCUUUUGAAUAAAACAUCAGAAAUUAUGCAAUUUUUUCUAUUUG